AUGGGAGCAUCUGUACGAAAAUCCAUGCUUGCAGAUGAUCACAAUCUUGAGAUAUUUUCUCUUGUAUGGCUUGAUGCAUCUGUUAAUACAGGACAGGAAAAUAUCAAUGUUCAACAACAACUUCGAACUUUAAUUCAUCAGUUAAAGACAUUUGAUAAUACCCGUGAUUGUUUAGAAUAUAUUCGCCAUAUUUCUAAAAAUGAUCGAAUUAUAUUGAUUGUUAGUGGUCGAUUAGGUCAAGAGAUUGUUCCACGUAUACAUCGAUUAAGACAAGUAUCGGUUAUAUAUGUUUAUUGUAUGGAUAAAGAAAAAAAUUCAAAAUGGGCUCGUAAAUAUUCAAAGAUAAAAAAUGUAAUUGUUAAUCUCGAUGAAUUAGUUGUUCAAAUUCGAUCCGAUCGUGCAAAACGAAAUUAUGAAACCUAUGAACCAUUACCAUUUAAUAUAUAUAAAAAAAGUGUUAAUGAUGAAAAAGUUGCAAAUGAUUCAAAUAAUCAAUUUAUUUAUUCCGGUUCAUUAAUCGAUUGUUUAUUACAUAUGCCAUCAUAUACAACCGAUCAAAAUCAAUUAAUAUCUCUAUGUCGAGAUAUUUAUAAAGGUGAUGCAAAUGAAUUAUUAAUACUGAAUGAAUUUGAACAAACUUAUACAUCUAAUACAGCAUUAUGGUGGUAUACAAGAGAUUCAUUUGUAAUGCGUUUAUUAAAUAAAGCAUUUCAAGAACAAACAAUUGAUUUAUUAUAUCUAUUUCGUUUUUUUCUUCAUGAUAUGCAAGAUCAACUUAAGCGAAAUAGAUGUGUAUCUCCAAUACGUGUUUACCGAGGACAGUUUCUAUCAAAUGAUGAAUUACAAACACUUAACAAUUCAAUUGGAGGUUUGAUUUCCAUAAGUUCAUUUCUAUCAGCACAUUCUAAUCGUCAAAAAGCUUUAAAACAUUUAACUGAGUCAGAUGAAUUACGAGGAACUUUAUUUGAAAUUGAUGCUGAUCCUCGUCUGGAUGAAAUUAAACCAUUUGGUUAUACUGGUCAAGACGAUGAAAUAUUAUUUAUGGUUGGAUCAAUAUUUCGUAUUAAUGACAUUCAUCGUCAACAUGAUGGAUUGUCAAUUAUACGAAUAACAUUAUGUUCAGAUAAUGAUCCACAAUUAAAAUUAAUAUUUAAAGAUUUAAAAUUUGAUACCAAUGAUAAUAAAAGAAAAUUACUUUCUUUCGGUGACAUUUUAUGGAGAAUGGGAAAAUUAACAGAAGCUGAAAAAUAUUAUCAACGUUUAUUAACUAAUUUAUCAGGUGAUGAUUAUUACAAUAUCUCGGAAUGUUAUUAUGCAUUAGGAAAUAUAGCAAUGGAAAAAGAUAAUUGUAAUUUAAGUUCUGAAUGGCAUGAAAAAUCAUUAGAAAUUAAGAAGGAAAUAUUAGAAGAAUUUGAUCCUAGUAUUGCAGAUAGUUACAGUAGUAUUGCUGAUAUUGAACGAAAAAAAGGAAAUUCUUCUCAAGCAUUUGAAUCUUAUAAUAAAGCAUUAGAUAUUUGGAUUAAAGCAUAUGAUGGUGAUCAUCCGAAAAUUGCCAUGUGUUUAAAUAAUAUUGGUUGUAUUUAUGGUGAAGAAAAAAAUUAUAUUAAAACACUUGAAUGUCAUGAAAAAUCUUUGAAAAUAUUAAAAAAACAUUUUCCAGCCGAUCAUCUUUGUUUGGGACAAGCGUAUAAUAACAUUGGUAGUGUAUAUCGUUAUCUCGGUAAUUAUGAACUUGCUUUAGAAAAUUAUCAGUUAUCACUUAAAAUUAAAACGAAAACAUUUUCAUCAAAACAUCCAUCGAUUGCAUCGACAUUCAGUAAUAUUGCGUGUGUUUAUGAAGAAAUGAAUGAAUUCCAACAAGCAUUAGCUUAUUAUGAAAAAGCAGCAUCUAUUUAUCGACAUAAUUUUCCACCCACUUAUCCAGAUAAUGUUCGAAUUAUAGAUGAUAUUAAACGAAUUUCAAGUAAACUUAAAUAA